CACAGUACUGUCCCUCACAAAAACCUCACAAAACCUCUCUUUCGUUCUCGUCUCCUCCAGAACCAGUACAACCAUGGUCGACGGCGAAGUUGAAAUCCUUCGCGGUUACGAGCUCCGUCUCCUCCGGUGCACUGUAUCCUUUCCACAGACAGGUUCUCCUCUCGAAUCCCAGCCGCUCGAUGGAACUCAAUCCGGAACCCAUCCACACGACUCUCUUAUAACGUCUCUUUUGUCUUCAAUCGAGGCUGGAGACUAUCUUGGAGCUCUAUCCUCCGACGCUACUAAGCUAAUACUCGGAGAUUCCGAGUUAAACUUGGUUGAUACGGUUGAUUCCGCCGAGCAAGUUUACUCCGAGCUUCUCGACAAGGUCGAAUCGUUCGUGGUGAACGAUUCUUCAGAUGAAAUCGAUAAGGCUCGCCGUGCUGUUCUGGUGAUGUGCUUAGCAAUCGCUACUGCUUUGUGGUUCACCCGUUGCAAUCUGACUGGGUCAACGGAAGGAUCAACGAAAUGUUCGUUGCCCCUUAGAGUGUCAGAGAGUAAGGAAUUAGUUGAGUGGGAGAACUGGGCUAAGAUUCAGCUCAUGUCUGUCGGUUCUGACUUGCUUGGGAAGUUUUCUAAUCUCCAGGUACUCUCUUCGUGCUACUGCAUUUUUCAAUUUCAUCAAUUCGAGCUUUGUUGUUGUCCCAGUCUUUAUUUGUGUUUCGGAGGGUGUUUGUUGGACGUUAAUGUUUGAGAGGAAUAAACCAAAUGUAUUAUGCUUUAGAUAUGUCCACACAAGCUUGUUGUUUUUUCUUAUCUUAUAGUAGAAUGAUCUUGAUAUUUCCUGCUCUUUGGUCUGCAUCAAGAUGACUUUAUCCUGGAAGGCUCUAAGCUGUGUUGUAGGCUUCUUAGCAUUCAUUUCUGUUUGCUAGUAUGUGAAUUAGCUUAUAUCUGUGUACAUUAUAUAUUAGUAGCUAUCUGAAGUAGUACCGAUCUGUCUUUGUUUGUACUUUGUAGUGAACUCUAUGCAACCCAAACUACUUUUUUUUUCCUGCAGCAUUUAGUUUUUGCUAGAUUGCUCCUGUUCAAGUUGAAAGAUUUGUUGUUUGAGAUAACUUCAACUGAAACUUUUGAAGUAAGGAGUAUUUCAUGGUGGCUUGUCAGAGUUUUACUGAUUCAUCAAAGAGUUCUACAAGAGCGAUCUUCAUCUUUGUUUGAAAUGUUGCAAGUUUACAUGGCCGAAGCUAUAGACCAUUUUGGAGAAUUGGAAAAAGUAAAAAGCUACUGGGGUGCCAAUUUGCUAGAAGACGAAGCUUCAUCCAUCACGUCAACUAUCCAUCUGGAAGCAUGUGUACUGCAAUAUAUAUAUGGAAGGAUUGAUCCUUCACGGUUGCAGCUUGAAUCUGCUAAAGCAGCAGCAAGCCUAGAGUUCUCUGUUACCGGGGCUCUUGGAUUUCGUACUAUUCACCAAGUAGAUCCAAAGGCACAGAUGGUAUUGGUAGCCAAUACUAGCUCAUCCAAUGGGGAUGUGAGGUUGGCCUCUGAGAAAGCUGAUGUUGGACCUUAUGAAGCUUGGGGAGGUGAAGCACCUGAAGUAUAUAUGACUCCCAAACUAGUGAACAACGAGAGUGAAGCUGGCAAAGAUUCUGUGCCCUUGAAACCAGUUGAACAGGCAUUGAUUUUGGCCCAGUGCCUUCUAAUUGAAAGGGGUAGUCGGCACGAUGAGAUGCAAAGAUGGGAUAUGGCUCCAUAUAUUGAGGCAAUAGAUUCUCAAAAGUCAACAUAUUUUGUUCUACGGUGUUUUUGUGACUUACUACGUGUUCGAUGGGAAUCAACUAGAGGUCGUACAAAGGGACGCGCCCUAGAGAUGAUGGAUAAAUUGGUUGGAGCUAUUAACAAGAGCGAUCCUGGAGUAUCAAACAGGAUCCCUUUAUGCUAUGCUGUCCAUCUUCCUACUAUUCCUGCUCUGAGAAAGGAAUACGGUGAGCUUCUGGUGAGUUGCGGUUUGGUUGGGGAAGCAAUCACCAUAUUUGAGAGCCUGGAAUUGUGGGAUAAUCUAAUCUACUGCUACUGCCUUCUGGGAAAGAAAUCAGCAGCUGUAGAUCUCAUCAAUGCACGGCUUCUUGAACGGCCAAAUGACCCAAGAUUAUGGUGUUCACUUGGUGAUGUUACUAUAAAUGAUUCCUGUUAUGAAAAAGCCCUGGAAGUUUCAAAUGAUAAGUCAGUUCGUGCUAAGCGCGCUCUUGCUCGCAGCGCAUACAAUCGCGGUGAUUUUGAGAAGUCAAAGAUGCUGUGGGAGGCUGCAAUGGCCUUAAAUUCUCUGUACCCAGAUGGUUGGUUUGCUCUUGGUGCUGCUGCGUUGAAGGCCAGGGAUGUUCAGAAAGCACUGGAUGCAUUCACUUUUGCUGUUCAACUUGAUCCCGACAAUGGGGAGGCUUGGAACAACAUUGCUUGUCUGCAUAUGAUAAAGAAAAAGAGCAAAGAAUCAUUCAUUGCGUUCAAAGAAGCACUUAAAUUCAAGCGAGAUAGCUGGCAGAUGUGGGAAAAUUUCAGUCAUGUCGCUAUGGAUGUGGGAAAUAUUGAUCAGGCCUUUGAAGCUAUACAACAGAUACUGAAAAUGAGCAAAAACAAGAGGGUUGAUGUUGUUUUAUUGGACCGUAUAAUGACAGAGUUAGAAAAGAGGAAUUCAGCAUGUAAGUCAUCAUCUUCAUCGACUGAAACCGAAGCUUCUUCAGAUGAGUCAACAGAAACAAAACCAUGUACUGCAACACCAGCUGAAACUCAACGCCAGCUAGAAUUACUUGGGAAAGUUAUUCAGCAGAUUGUCAAAACAGAAAGUACAGCAGAAAUCUGGGGGUUAUAUGCAAGAUGGAGUAGAAUCAAAGGAGAUCUUACGGUAUGCAGCGAGGCACUGUUAAAGCAAGUGCGAUCAUAUCAGGGAUCAGAAGUGUGGAAAGACAAAGAGCGUUUCAAGAAGUUUGCAAGAGCAUCAUUGGAACUUUGUAGAGUGUAUAUGGAGAUCUCAGCUUCCAUAGGAAGCAAACGAGAACUGUUUACUGCUGAGAUGCAUUUGAAGAACACAAUCAAACAAGCUACAGUGAGCUUCUUGGACAGUGAAGAAUUGAAGGAACUUGAAAGUUGCCUUGAGGAGGUAAGAAAUGUCAUGCAGAAAAGUGAAGAAGAGUAUAGAGAUACAAAAACAUGAAAGAAGAAAAGACUUGUCACUAUCAUCAUAGAUUAGCAUUUGGUUUCUGGGUGUUGUAAAAUUAAAUCAUUUCUGUUGUUUGGUUUAUGGGUGUUGUAAAAUUAAUCAUUUUUGUUGUUUGGGUUAAAGACAUUGUUGAGAUGAUAACUUAAUGUUUCUUUUUUUGCGAUUAUACGAGUUUUGAGUUUACAUGUUUC